GGAGUUGAACUAAGAAACGGAGGAACGCGCGGACCGCGAACCGCCACAGUGUUGUCGAUGAGAAGAGUACACGAAGGCGAGAAUUUCUUGUUUUUUUACAUUGAAAGAUCAAAAAUCAUGAGAAAAACGGCGGUGUGUGCACGUUACAAAGAAUCCUCGAACGAAUAAGGCCGGUUAUCGCAAACACGUGAAUCUUUUGUGGGUGAAGUGAAACACAUGUGUCGGCCGAAACGUGUUUUCCAUUACAAAGUGCCGUCCCCGUGUUUGGUCCAUGAAAAUCUCGCGUUUAGAAAGCCAAGUUGAGCCGUAGUCCCAAUCGUAAGAAGAAAAUCAAUUUGUUUGCACUUAAGGAUAUAUCGUUGCAAUGUGGCUCUACUCGGAGACGAAAUAGGGCUCGUUACAAAAGGCGGCAGUGCGUGGGUGGGUGGGAAUCUGGCGGCUGCCACUUAUGUAUACCAGAUUCCUUUUAAAAUUUUCUACAAAACAUUAUUGGAGUAUCGAUGAUAGCCCGCAUCGUAAUUCGAUAUUACCACAAUGAUUUUAUAGAUGCAAAAUCUUCGUUUUACAACCUACUACAGAUUAUAAAAAAAAUGUAUUUCUGAUUGAUUGAAUACUACAGGAAUGCUGCUUUCAUAAUCACUUCUUGUCAGGCACUGUCUUAAGCUUGCUUGUCUUCAAUGUAAACUACCUGUCAACCAUUGAUGCAUCUUCCACAAGCUUUCAAUAUAAUAAUCUAAUCUACAAGACACUUCUACAAGAUCAAUAUUCCAAAUUGUGUUUGACUUGAUGAUCGUAUAUAACAAACUUUAUAUUCUAUUUCUGUCACUGACAGAUGUUCUUUAAAGUUCAUUUAAGAAACAUGUUUCUGACAAAUGAUAUGACAAGAAUACUUUAGCAAGAUUUAUCUACGUCUGGCUCUUAAAUAUAAUAUUCAAAAAGGAGACCUCACAUAGGUUCUAUAAUUUUAUAAGACCUGUUAUCCAGAGGUUAAGGAAUGGGAGGUCAAGUGGAGGAAAAUGGAUACCGGUAAAGUAUCAGCAUGCGUGAAAAGUCAGCAGAAUGUCAUGCUCACACAGGUCACGUGAGGGGCACGACAGAGAUGUGCUCGCGUGAUCCUCCUACAUUGCACCCAACCCUUGCCAAUACCAAUGGUAAAAAUACAAGUCCCCAACCAACACAGCAUACUGAACCACGUAUUGAUAGUAAUCUUUUGCCAACUCCUGGAGGAAGAUUAAAAUUUUUUAAAGAUGGAAAAUUUAUAUUGGAGCUGUCACAUCGUAGAGAUGGAGAACGAACAACAUGGUUUCCUGUUCCAAAAAAGACAUUCUGGCCACCCGCAAGCACUAUACCCAACAGGCAAGAGAGUACCACUUCUCUUAGCGUUUCUGAUGAUAAUUCUUCGAUUCAAUCAAGCCCUUGGCAAAGAGACCACUGCUGGAAGCAAGCUAAUCCCAGGCGCAGGAUAUCCACAGAGUUCAAUUUUUAUUACCAUAGAAAUCCAAAAACCCGGCUUUGUGCGCAUCCUCGUUUGGUAGCACGUAAACGUCGUCGUCCACAUGAUCCCACAUCCUUAAUGCUUAUUCCAGAGUCCUCAGUAUCUCAUAUAAAACCAGGCCGUAAAGUGAACGAUACAUCAUCUGGGAAAGCUUUAAGUCUGAUAGUUGAUAAAUUAGCACGUCUCCUUGAUCCUAAUGUUGUUUCACCUCGCAAACGUAUUUUAAGGGAACUAGAAAGAGUUUCAUUGGAGGAUCAAGCAUCAAAAAGGCGUGCUACACCUCAGCCUGUUAAUAUAACCAGUACUUCUACGCCUUCUCCAAAGCAGUUAUCUUCAUACAGUAUAACUAGUAUUUUGGGAGAAGAUAAACCAAAUCCUGAGCCAGGAUUUUUAAGAAAUUUGUUGAAACCAGAUGACAGGCAACCUGUGAAAUACUCAACGAGUAACUCUUAUCCGAGAGUGCGAAUGGACCCUUAUAUUGGAUCUACCAAUGCAACUGUGCAUCAUUCACUCUAUGGUGUUCCCAUGUUGCCUCCUGGACCAUAUAGAGCUCCAUUAUGGAUGCAUUAUCCAUCACCUGUUCAUUACCCACCCCCUUUGCCAUUGUACGCCCCACCACCACCUCAUCCUCCAUCACCACCUGUACAUCAUUACAAAGACUACAGAGAACAAACGCUUACUCCUCCUUCAGAUAUGCCUCUAAAUCUAUCAAAACAUGCCGGUUGAAUCUCAGGAUCCCAUAAAUUGGUGCCUUAUCAAUGGACAAAACUAUGAAAACACUGCCCCUGCAACAACAAUGCGAUAUAUUAGUAUUUUUUUAUCCAUAAACAAUAAUAUCAUAGUAAGUAGGGAUGUGCAACCAGAAGGAUAACAUCUGGAUGUUAUACUUGUACAUACAAAUGCAUAAACUGUCAACAUUGGCAUAGCUAUUUUAGAUUAUUACCAAAUUAUAUCAUGAGUAGUAUUUUUAGUUGAAUUUAACAAAAUUACUAGAAACGUAUAAAAUCGUUGGACAAUUUUUUUUUUACGAUAUAAUCGAUGUUUUGGAAAGUAAAGAGAAUAUGACAUGAUCUUCUGAUUAUAUAAACGAUAUAUGAGUGUAGAGACAAUUUAAUAUUAAGAAACAAAGUCUAUUCUCUUUUUUGUAUUUGACGGUACUGCACAUGAUUUUCAUAUUAUGUAGAAAGAAGCAUGCUCUCACCCUGUGUAUAUGCAUUAUCUUGUUGUUCUUAUUAAUGUUAUUAUUAUCUUUAUUAUUAUUAUUUUAUUAUUAUUAUUAUUAAAAAGUACGAUUACCCAUCUUAAAAGAUUAGUAAAAAGAUAGGAUUAUGUACAGAACAGAUUAUUGCCUAUAGUUAGCAUAUUAAUAAUUCUCACAGAUAGUAUAAUAUACAUCAAUUAAGUUAGUCGUGUAUUACAACCGUAUACAUUUAUUUAUACAUUGAUGACAAGACAAAAUCACUUGAUAAAGACCAUAGGGUGUGCCUUACAUAACUAUCUAAAUUUCAUGAAAUUAAAUUAUAAAUAUCCAUGAAA